ACAUUUCAUUUUCCUACCUAAAUAAAAACUUAUUUCUUCUCAUUAAUAAUUAAAAUGAAAAUAAAUCAAUAUUAUUUAUAUCUUAAUCUAUAUUAUAUCUAUAAUUGCAAUGUGAACUCGAUCUCUAAUCCAAUAUAUUUAGUCCAAGUUCAACCCAAUUUUUAAGUUUGGAUUGAAAUCGGGUUGCGAUUAGAAUCAUUCAAAAAAAUUAUAAUUUUUUUCUAUAUAUUUAUAUAAAUUAUUAAAUAGUAAAUAAAUAAUAAAAUAAAUAAAUAAAAUCAUAUUUUUUUAAUAAAAUUUAAUAAUAUGUGAUAUAAUUAUAAUUAAAUAUUUAAAAUAUAUAUAAAUAAAUAAAUUAUUUUAUUUGUUUUUUACUUUAACAUUAUAAUAUUUUUAAAAAUAAAUUAUUGUUAAAAAAAUUGUUCUUUUGGUUGGGAAAAGGUGUAAACAAACUUGCCAGGUGUCAGUUUAGGGCUUUAAGAGGUGGAGGGUCGGUGGCGUUGUUGGUAAAUUUGAAAGAAUUCACAGCAAUUUUUUAUUAAUUCAAUUUUGUACUCCCGUUUGGAGUCUCUCAGUAGCUGCGGAGCCGUGUGGUGUGGAAGCCACAAGCGUUAAGCCCUAACGCUUCGAAGCGGCAUCCGAAAGGCAGGUCAAACUCCAUUCUCAUUCCGUUUUCUUUGUGCUCGUUUGAUUGCUGAGAAAAUCUCAAGUAGAAAAAUAACCAGAGGAAAAAAGAAAAAAAGGUGAACCAUUGGUUUCUCCGCAUCUGGAUUGCGAGAAAGCAGAAGCCAACAUUUGACAGAUCUUAAUACAGCCAGUUGGCUCAGUGGAGCCGAGCAAUAGCAUUUUAUUUGGUGGAAACGAGAGCACCGGUACGAUAGAGACUCAGGAGUUAGGUGCUUUUUUAUUAUUUGCUGCUUUCCUCUUUUUUUCUAAGCAACAGAGGAUAAAUUACAUGCGAGUUUUUGUAUCAAUACAGUGAUUUUUUUGAAGGAAAUAUGAUAUAGAUGCGGAGAUUUGAUAUUGAGUGUAUUGAUUGUAUUGAUUGUUCGAUUGCACAUUUUGAUUGUCUGAGAGCUGGUUUUUUGGUAGAAUAUCAGGAUAACUAUCAAGUAUGCUGCCUCCACCGAAUGUGUGGAUAAUUUCCCUACUUGUUCUCUUGUGCUGAUGAUAUUACCUAAACUUAUCUGCACUCCUCUUCUGAGAACACCUUUUGAUAAGACUGGCAAGGUUCUUGGAUCUGGGAUCAUAUCAGAAAUAAUGCCCUGUGGAAGCUGAUCACCUGUUUGGAACUGCUUGAUUGACCUUUUGGCAGUUUAUCUGACACAAGCAGGACAUCCAGUGUUUGGGGAGGUUCUGAAAGGAGAUGGAAGUUUCCAGGCCCCUCAAUCCAAAUGAUGUGUCAAAGCGCCAUGCUUUAACUCCAUUGAGGCUAUUAAGGGGUUUGAUAUGUUUACUGGUGCUAUUGUCAACAGCAUUUAUGAUGUUAGUGUUCUGUGGCUUUUUGACUGCAGUAGUGUUUCGACCUUUUAGCAGACACUACAGCCGAACAGUAACAUCCUUUUUCUUUGGUGCUUGGCUAGCUUUGUGGCCUUUCCUAUUUGAAAAGAUAAACAAAACAAAGGUGGUUUUUUCUGGUGAAACUGUUCCCAAAGGGGAGCGUGUUUUACUUAUUGCAAACCAUAGAACUGAGGUUGAUUGGAUGUAUCUGUGGGACCUCGCAUUGCGGAAGGGAUGCCUUGGAUGCAUAAAGUACAUCCUUAAGAGCAGCUUGAUGAAAUUGCCUGUAUUUGGUUGGGGAUUUCACAUCAUGGAGUUCAUUCCAGUGGAGAGGAAAUGGGAGAUCGAUGAACCACUUAUGCACCAAAUGCUUUCAACUUUCAGAGAUCCUCGAGAUCCCCUGUGGCUUGCUGUCUUUCCAGAAGGCACAGAUUUCACUGAACAGAAGUGUAUUCGAAGUCAAAAGUAUGCAGCUGAAAAGGGCUUACCCAUCCUAAAAAAUGUGCUUCUUCCAAAAACAAAGGGUUUCUGUGCCUGCUUGGAAGAUUUGAGGGGCUCCUUGGAUGCAGUUUAUGAUUUAACCAUUGGUUACAAGCAUCAGUGCCCCUCUUUCUUGGAUAAUGUAUUCGGUGUUGACCCUUCAGAAGUUCAUAUGCAUGUUCGGCGCAUCCCCUUAAACAACAUUCCUACAUCAGAAAAUGAGGUUACUACUUGGUUGAUGGAUACAUUCAUUCUCAAAGACCAGUUGCUUUCUAAUUUUUAUUCUCAAGGCGGUUUUCCUCAUCAAGGAACAGAAGGGACCCUCUCUACAAUGAAAUGCUUGGUGAAUUUUGUUGCUGUAAUUGGAUUGACUGGCAUAUUUACUUUCUUCGCCCUUUUUUCAUCCAUCUGGUUUAAAAUUUAUGUAUCCUUAGUCUGUGUGUAUCUGGCUUCUGCUACCUAUUUCAAUCUUCGGCCAUCGCCAAUUUUGUCUUCGUAAAAGGGUUCUUUAGUUACAAGUAUCCAAGUAUUGAACAGUCACUUUUAUUGGGUUCAGACUUUUUAUAUGCAUCAAAAGGAGAAAAAAAGGGGUUCUCACUGUUAA